GAUUAGAAAUCAACAGCAUAUAAUUUCCCAUCAUAUAAGGCUUGAGUCUUGUACUUCCAUUAAGCUCCAGUACAAUCAGAUUAUGCUGCAGAACAAAGAUCCAAAGCACAUCAGUAUAUCAAACUCUGAAUGGCUUGAAAAAAACCUGAGAUUUUGAAUUGGCAUAGUUAAAGUCCACACUGGAACAGGCCGUUUGGACUCAAACCCCCCAGUGUGGUGGAAAGAAAACAGUUCUGCAAAGAAGUGGGCCAAAAUUCCUCCGCAGAUAUAAAAAACCUAUUGUCAUUUAUUUUGAUUGCUUGAUAGAAGUUGCAUAUUGUAUUUACUCAGGUUAUUUUUUUUCUGAAAGGAAAAUUGAUUUGAUCUGAAACACUGAGGUGUGACAAUAAGACAAAAACAUCAGAAAACAAUAUGGGCUCAAAUUCCUUUUUUAGUAACACCUAAAUAAGAAGCGUUGUUUGUCGGUUGUCUGUUCCAGAUGAGAUGGAGGAAAAACAUUGUUAAAGUCAUUGAAAUUAAUGGUGCAAUAAUUGCAGUUUUCUGGCCAAUCACCGAUUAUGAUCUUUAAAAAGCCGGACACUGUCAGGUGUCAUAAGGUCAUAACACACCUUCAAUGUUCCCAUCUUGUGUUUUUAACAGUUGUGAACCACACACGUGCAUACAUGACUUGGUGGGUGGGUCUGUCAGUCAGCCCUCUCUCACAGAUGACCAAAAAGGACCAGUGCGUGAUUUUCAGACCUUUGCGGAGGUAGAUAACAUUGGUGGAUAAGAUCGGUUUCACAUUUCCAGGUUCUUCUGGUGUAGUAGGAAGAACUGGUGAUGGGGUACAGGAUAAUCCACGGGGUCCUUUGGCCUGUUAGGCUCACACUGCCACUGAUGUUCAUCUUUGCCGUCUUGCUGGUGGCGGUUUGUGCUGAGGGCUCAGACUACUACGAGCUGCUGGGGGUCAGCAGGGAAGCAACAACAAGAGAGAUCCGACAGGCGUUUAAGAAGCUGGCGCUCACCAUGCAUCCUGACAAAAACCCUGGUGACUCCUCAGCUCACGACAAGUUCCUGAAGGUGAAUCGGGCUUAUGAAGUGCUGAAAGAUGAAGACCUGAGAAAGAAAUACGAUAAGUACGGAGAAAAGGGAUUGGACGAGCAGCAGGGAGGCCGCUACGAGAGCUGGAACUACUACCGCUACGACUUUGGUAUCUAUGAUGACGAUUUGGAGAUCAUCACUCUGGACAGUGGAGACUUUGAAGCAGCAGUGAACUCUGGAGAAAUCUGGUUUGUCAACUUCUAUUUCCCACGAUGCUCGCACUGCCACCAGCUAGCUCCAACGUGGAGGGAGUUUGCCAAGGAGAUGGAUGGAGUUAUCCGGAUAGGGGCAGUGAAUUGUGGAGACAACAACCAUCUGUGCAGGAGGAAAGGCAUCAACAGCUACCCCAGCCUGUAUAUAUAUAAAGCAGGACAGAAGCCGGAGAAGUUCACUGGGGAGAGGAAUAAAGACAACCUGGUCCGCUUCUCCAUGCAGUUCAUCACCACAGCUGUUACUGAGCUGUGGCAGGGCAACGUGUUCACAGAGAUAGAGAAUGCAUUCUCCUCAGGACUUGGCUGGCUUAUCACCUUCUGCUCCGAUACCGGAGAUUGUUUGGAGCCUAGAACACGACAGAAGCUUGCUGGAAUGUUGGAUGGUCUAGUUAAGGUGGGAUGGAUGGACUGCACCGUACAGCAGCAGCUCUGUGACAGUUUCCAGGUGACAAGUGGAGCAACUGCUUUGUUCCCUCCUGGAAGUGCUCUGGAUAAACAAGGCAGCAUACUGUGGCUGAAGACUCUGGACAGCAGAGAGAUUUACAAUCAGGUCACCGAUCAUCUGCCUGAUCUGGAAUUGCUGACAAGUGACAGUUUCAAGAAGAAACUGGCCCAUCAUCGCUGGUUGAUCAGUUUUACAUUCAGCCACAGAUCGGCCUCCAGCGAGUACAAGAAGCUUCAAGCGUUUCUACGAAUUGAUCACAUACAGGUCGGCAGAGUAGACUGCUUGGCAGACUCUGAGCUUUGUCAGUCUCUGUACAUCCAUAAAUCCUGCGUAGCCGUGUUCAAAGGACUGGGAAUCCAUGACUUUGAGAUCCACCACGGUAAAGACGUGUUGUACAACAUUGUGGGUUUUGCGAGGGAUAGUGUUCGCGCUCAUGUGACAACACUCAGGCCAGACAACUUCCCCUCCAACAGGAAGGAGCCCUGGCUUGUUGACUUCUUUGCUCCGUGGUGUCCUCCAUGUCGAGCCCUACUUCCUGAACUGAGAAAAGCUUCCAUCCAGCUGGCUGGACAGAUGAGGUUUGGUACUUUGGACUGUACCAUCCACCACGACUUGUGCUCCACGUAUAAUAUUCAAGCAUAUCCCACCACGGUGGUCUUUAACGGAUCCUCUGUGCACGAAUAUGAAGGACAUCACUCAGCUGACGGCAUCCUGGAGUUCAUACAGGAUCUGGUCAACCCAUCUGUGGUGGUUCUUGAUGCCUCCAGCUUCAAAGAAAAAGUUAAAGGCAGAGCUGAAGGCCAGACUUGGGCGGUGGACUUCUACGCUCCUUGGUGUGGUCCCUGUCAGGCCAUGAUGCCGGAGUGGAGACGCAUGGCUCGGAUGGUUUCGGGUCAGAUACUGGUGGGUUCAGUCGACUGUCAGCGCUUUCAGACGUUCUGCCAGAGUCAGGGUGUGAGGGCGUACCCUGAGGUUCGCCUGUAUUCUGGGAACAGCCGGCAGUCUGACCGCUACACGAUUUACAAUGGCUGGCACAGAGAUGCACAUUCACUCAGAGCAUGGGCACUCAGUUCUUUGCCCACAGCCUCGGUGGAUCUGACUCCAGAGACCUUCAAAUCCCAGGUUCUUUCAGGUCGGGAUCACUGGGUUCUGGAUUUUUAUGCCCCCUGGUGUGGACCUUGUCAGCACUUCGCCCCAGAGUUUGAGAUCCUGGCUCGGAUGCUUAAGGGAGAGGUCCGAGCAGGGAAGGUGGACUGCCAGGCUCAUUAUCAGUUGUGUCAGUCGGCUGGAAUCACCGCCUACCCAACAGUGAGAUUUUACCCGUACCGGGGAACAAAGAGGUAUGAACACAGCGGAGAGCACAUUAACAGCCGUGAUGCGAACACGAUCGCUGACAUCAUCAGACGCCGGAUAGAACAGCAGUCAUCACGGUUACACAACACACCAAAGGAUGAGCUCUGACAGAGGAGAAUGCUACAUGGAAGACCAACAACCGGAUUGGUCAGAGUGGGGAAUGUAUUUGGAUUUGACUGGUUCAGCAAGGCGAUCAUUGAGUCGGCACCUUUGGAGUUGAGGACAGAUGUGUCGGAGACAUGCUCCGACUGUUACCUGCUGCAGUCUUCAAUGAGCUGAACUCUUUAGCCUUAAUUUUAUCUGCUUUGGUUUUGUCUCCGAUGUUUGUAUUUACUCUAUGAAGUAAACCUGUGAGACAUUAUGGGAUAUUCUAAUGUUACGGAAACAGUUGCACACACAACCAAAUGCUGACACACUACUGUAUUUUAGUGCUCCUGAGGGAAGAUUUUCACAAUACAACUUUCUGUUAAAAAUGUUUCAACAUCGGGUUUACAGCCAUAUCUGUGGUUUUUAUUGUUUGUUUAAAAAUUGGAACUUUUUUUUGCAUAAAAAAGCCAGACUAAAAUGUGCACCGUUGCUAUUUUUCUAUGUUGUUUUAUGCGAUCUUGAGUGUACUGGCUCCAUUGUUUUGAUGGAGAAAAAAGUUCUGAAUGACGGCUUGUUAAAAAAGGAAACGAUAACCCAAAUUGAUGAUUAUUCUAGAAUAGUAAAUAAAUAAAAAUACAAUUUGAUACUAAUAAAACAUUAUUGUUUUCUAAUUUUA